CGCGGACUACAAGUCCCACAAUGCACCGAGCCGCGGCAGCCGGGAAGGCGGGUGUGUGGGGGGAACCUCAGGUGUCUGCGACCUCGGCGCCUCCCGCCCGGAAGUGCCCGAAGGGCCGAGAUGGAGCUCGGCGCCCGGUAGCUCGGAAGGCAAGGCAGGUGGCCAUGGCCUUGAUUGAAGGGGUGGGCGAUGAGGUGACUGUCCUUUUUGCCGCGCUUGCCUGCCUUCUGGUGCUGGCCCUCGCCUGGGUCUCAACACACACCUCCGAGGGUUCGGACCCCCUGCCUCAACCACCAGGAACACCAGCGCCAGCCCAGCUCAGUGACGCCAUGGCAGCUACAGACAGCAUCAGAGGGCAGGCCCCAGGGGCAGAGACUCCCGGCCUGAGACACAGAGGUCCACCCGCACAGCCAGAGCCGGGCACAGGGGUCACCGCAACACCACCUCCACCUCCGGACUCCCCACAGGAACCAUUAGUACUACGGCUGAAAUUUCUCAAUGAUUCGGAGCAAGUGGCCAGGGCCUGGCCCCACGACACCAUUGGCUCCUUGAAAAGGACCCAGUUUCCGGGCCGAGAACAGCAGGUUCGACUAAUCUACCAAGGCCAACUGCUAGGAGACGACACCCAGACGCUGGGCAGUCUUCAUCUCCCUCCCAACUGCGUUCUCCACUGCCACGUGUCCACAAGGGUCGGUCCCCCUCAUCCCCCCUGCCCACCGGGGUCAGAGCCAGGCCCCUCCGGGCUGGAAAUCGGCAGCCUGCUGCUGCCUCUGCUCCUGCUGCUGCUGCUCCUGCUCUGGUACUGCCAGAUUCAAUACCGGCCCUUCUUUCCCCUGACCGCCACGCUGGGCCUGGCCGGCUUCACUCUGCUCCUCAGUCUCCUGGCCUUUGCCAUGUACCGCCCGUAGUGCCUCCGCGGGCUUUGGGCGGCGUGGCUGGCCCAUCUGGACCUCACUCUCCAAGGUGCGGUGGGAGCUGCUGUCUGCCUAGGCCCACCUCCCCGGCCUGCCUCUUCCCAUUACCCUGGAGCCCGGCCCUGCGACGCCGAGGGCUCCGUGGGCUGGCCGAGUCCCCUCCCUGUGAUCUUCAUGGCUCCGGACCUCCUCCUCCCGAGGCCACUGGCCCUCAGCCCUCGCUGACAGUGGGCUCCUCUGGAUCCGGCACCUGUUGUCGCUGUCUUGGUACAGGGCACCGCGGGGCCGCCUCCCUGGGCCCGUCUUAAUGUGCUUCCGGAGCACCUAGCCACCUCCGGUUCCUGAGAGCUGCCUAGGCUGAGUUGGGGACUGAAAGACUGGGGGAGACUGGUUGGUGAAGGGGAGCUGGGAGGGGCUGGACUGUUCUCUGGAACGCGUAUAGAUUAAACACAACUGUGAAGUUUUCA